UAUUUAUCAAGUUUCAUACAAAAUUUAUCACAUGACUGAAAUUCUGAAAGACUGAAGUCCUAUCAGAUCCUACAUACCUCUUUUUACGCACACGAUCACGAAACACACACCAUUAAUACUUUAUAUAAACGUAUAUGUAAUUGUAAUACAUAAGUGCAUGAACUCCGGUCUUUGACGUGCGGACAGUUGUUUGUUAUUUACAUUCAUAUCAUUGUUGAGUAAUGCCACGUUCACGAAACAAUCAUUUUACAUGUAUUUACGCUACUAAUCAAAUUUCGACUUGAUAGUAAGAGGAAAGAAUAUUUUUUUAAAUUAUCAUCGGAAUGUUUCUCUUCAAUUUUUGGUUAUGCCUCGGCCUCUUGUCCUGGGCAACGUGUUUACGGGAAUACGAGAAAAAGGAUUUGAUUGCUCUCAGAGAAGAGGUACGAACCAUGUUCGACCACGCUUAUUCAAGCUAUUUAACAUAUGCCUACCCAUAUGACGAAUUACGAUCUCUAAGCUGCGAUGGAUUUGACACAUGGGGUAGUUUUUCAUUGACGCUGAUAGACGCCUUGGACACGCUGGCAGUGAUGGGAAAUUUCUCCGAAUUUCGUCGCGUGGCAGAGAUAAUAAGCGCCAGAGGAAACUUCGAAGCCAACAUCAAUGUGUCUGUAUUCGAGACGAAUAUAAGAGUGAUCGGAGGGUUGCUCAGUGCACAUCUUUUGUCACGUAAAGCAGGCAUGGAUCUGGAGCCAGGGUGGCCUUGCAACGGUCCCCUUCUGCGUCUCGCAGAGGACAUGGCGAAACGUUUAAUCGUAGCAUUCGACACACCUACAGGAAUGCCAUAUGGUACUGUCAAUUUAAAGUAUGGCAUACCCGAAGGUGAAACAAGUAUCUCCUGUACAGCAGGAAUAGGCACGUUCCUUUUAGAAUUCGGAACAUUAUCCAGAUUGACAGGAGAUCCUUUGUACGAGGAAGUAGCCAUGAACGCUAUCAAAGCACUGCAUUAUUACAAAUCAAAUAUUGGUUUAGUAGGUAAUCACGUGGACGUGCUAACGGGGCAUUGGACGGCGCAGGAUUCUGGAAUUGGUGCAGGCGUUGAUUCCUACUUUGAAUACUUAGCGAAGGGUACUUUAUUAUUUCAGGAUCCACAAUUGGCAACUAUGUUUCACGAACAUAAAGCUGCCAUUGAGAAAUACAUUCGCAGAGAAGACUGGCAUCUGUGGGUCUCUAUGACCAAGGGACAAGUAACGCUGCCAGUGUUUCAGUCUUUGGACGCUUACUGGCCGGGGGUGUUGAGCCUCUUCGGCGAAGUCGGAGAUGCCAUGAAAUCAUUGCACAAUUAUCACCGCGUUUGGAAACAAUUCGGAUUCACGCCAGAAUAUUACAAUAUACCGCAAGCCGAAGCAGGCACCAACAGAGAAGGGUACCCGUUGAGACCGGAACUUAUCGAGUCUGUUAUGUACUUAUAUAGAGCGACGGGAGAUCCUUAUUUAAUACAAGUGGGAGUGGACAUAUUGAGAAGUUUGCAGCACAGUGCCAAAACUACCUGUGGCUAUGCAACUAUUAACGAUGUCAGGGAUCAUCGGAAGGCUGACCGAAUGGAAUCUUUCUUCUUAGCCGAAACUACUAAAUAUCUUUAUCUUCUGUUCGAUCCUGAUAAUUUUAUUCAUAAUUCUGGCCAAAAAGGAGACGUCAUUCAAACUCAAUGGGGCCAGUGUAUUGUAGACGCAGGAGGAUACGUCUUUAAUACGGAAGCACAUCCCAUAGAUCCUGGAGCGCUUUAUUGCUGCCAUAGAAGCCGAAAUUUAUUCCCGAAUGAAAAAUCAACGUUACGGAAAUUCGUCCCUGUCGACGAUAAAAAGGAACCAGAGAACACGGAAAGCGACUCGCUUUAUGGAGAUAUUCAUAGUAAAAAUGACGACAAGCAGUCAAUCGAAAUCGUGAAAUUAUCGGAAUUUAGGCAAUAUUUUAUAAACAAUUUAGAGGAUAAAAUGAAGAGAGCCAUGGGCAAGUGCGCGUCGUCUGCAGAUGAGAACGUGGACGAAACUGUGACGAUAAAGGAGGAAAAUGAUUCGAAUCCAGAAAAUCCUGAAUCUUUGAAAGUACAAGUUGUUGCGCCACCCUCUGGGAUUUAUAAAGCUGACGACAGCGAGAACAUCGACGUCUACGAGGCUUACGCCACGUCAGGUGGACAUUAUUCCACUCCUAUUGCGAACAAUACAGAAUCGCCUGUCAAGCAAAACAAUGUGAAAUCGAGAUUCGAGCCGCAGAUAUUACUCGAAAGUAUUAGGAGGAAAAACCUGUAUCCUACGAAUGAUACAGCGAGAUCGAAUUACCAACUUUUAUCUUGCCAGUCUCAAUCAUUUCUACAACGUAUAUCGAUCAUAGGAGAAUUUUUUUAAGAUGUUUUAAUAGGAGAAAUUGUAGAUAUAAUGACUGUACAUAUAUACAAUAAAUUAACUGCAAAUUA